AACAUUGGGUUCAGGUUGGGUUAUUGGGUUGUGUAGGGGAAGAAAGAGAAAAUUAGGGCUCCGUCUUUACCGCACCAACAUUCUUCAUUUUCACACCCCGUUGAUUUCGAUCAACAUCGUUCAUCUUCGCAGCCCGUUAAUUUCGAUUUCGAAGGGUUUUAAAUAUUUUCAUUUUCUGCUGUUAGUAAUCAGUUUUACUAUCGAUUAAGACAAUGGAAUCACCUGUGGAAAUUGAAAUGCUGCUUUAUACCGGAGGCUCAUGGAAGGUAGACCAUACACCGGGGGAUGCGGUGUACACCGAGUACAAGGGGGACACUAUAGGGACACAUCUUUUGAAGGUGCCUUUGAAUUUUACAUGUUCCAUGUUGCAUGAUCAUGUGAGAAGGACAGCUGGUUCAUCCCCCUUUAACCUUAGUUACAAACGUCCCAUGCAGGCGGAUGAUCCUGACAUUACAUUUAUGAACAUCACCAUCGAAAAGGACGAGGACUUGGAGUACCACUUUAGGGAUCAUGUGAGGAUGCAAAUAGAUGAGGGUAAACCUGUUGAAUUGUAUCAUACGGUUCGUGACUGAGUUGGGAGUUUAGGGCACUUCUGUUGGUAGCUAGAAUAACUAGUCUUAUGAUUCGUGUCUAGGCUAGGUUUCAUUAUCAGUAUAUCCUAGUAUUUGGUGACUUGCCCCCUUUCGAAUCGGGCCUCUAUCCAAAAAUCUCGGUUUUUAUAAUAUUUCGUCUACUUUUCUUUUUAAAUUUAAUUACAAUUAUGUUAUGGAAUGUGAAUGUGUUUUCGUAGUCAGAUUCCCAUGGUUUUGUUAUGAAAUUUGUGUGAAAUCAGUUGGAUAUGAAGUGAUUGGGGACUUGUGAUUCUAAAAUCUAACAUUGGCAAUGGUGACAUUUAGAGAUUUUUGUAAUUAUCCGACCCACUUGCAAUUUUCAUAGGAAAACAGUCUGUUAUGAAAUUAACUGAUUUCAAACCGACGGGUGAAAAGGAAGCCAAUAAUUCAAGAAAAAAUGUCCAACUUCAAGAGAUAAACAGGCGUCAACGCAUUAAUCUUCCAGGACUCGGAGGCUUCUUAUAACAGUUUCGUGGAAAAUGUCGGAGGGAUUUGAAGGUUAAAGCAACCAACAUAAACCGAGGGAUCAAACAGGGAGAUGUUGAAACUAAAGGAUGAAAAAUUCAGUUUAUAGAAGCCAGUGAGGAAAAAUCCUAUGUGAAAUGAUGAUCCACCAACCCCCUUCUAUUGAGGUAAGAGCAGUCUAGUAUGUAUGUAUGUAUGAUAAUUGUUGGAAAUACAUAUGUUCCUAUGUUAGUUAAACUUUAGUUAUGUGAUAAUUACUCGAAUGAUAUGUAUAUGUAUAUGAUAUGCAAACCGAUAACUAGUAUAUUAGGGUAGUAUGAUAAGCGGUUUAAAGGAUAAGCGGGUGUGUAUAUUUAAACUGCAUUAUAAGGCAGUUACCCGCCAAAUUCUAACCGCCAAAAAAUGUAACAUAUAAGUAUGAACUGCCGGCAAAUGUUUUAAUCACCAAGACAUUUUCCCUCCAAACAGAAAGUGUCCAUUUUACAUUCAUUUCUUUCAAUCUAUUCAUAUUGCAUCCGUGUGUUCAUCAUGCCUGCAUAUCAUGUUAUGUUUUCCGCUGCAAGUAGUAAUACACAUGCAGACAAUGGUGAUGAAUCGGCUGUCCAACAUAGUGGUAUCAGAGCCACGUCAAGAUCCGAUGCAGAAAUUAAACCAACAGCCACAACGAUGCCAUGUCAACACUGCUGUGAUGAAAAGAAUGAAAGAAAACGAAGAUCCCGACGAGAACGUUUAUGUUAUUACUGUCACUUGCCCGGUCAUCAAAUCUACACAUGUAAAGCCAAGGAAAACGAUGAAGAAUUACAACUAAUUCGGCAAGCGAUCAAUGCCGGAAUCAGAACCCAGAACGAAGAUGUACACUGUCAUGAUGAAAUGAUAGUCACAGGGACAGACGGUGGACAAUGGAAGGAUAUCUGGUAUGUUAAUUCAACUUUUCAUCAUCAUUACGUGGGCAAUAUUGAUGUUUUCAAAAGGGUCAAGCAUAUCAUGGGUGUCGAAACGAAAUCCGGUAUGAAUAAUUUUUUAUUCAUACGCGGAGUAGGGAUUGUUGAGAUGAAAACAGGAAAUGAUACGCUGAGAAUUCCUAGUGUAUUUUACUCACCGGAUAUUGAUCGAAAUGUUCUAAGUCUUGAACAGUUAACCCUCCAAGGUUUCACGGUCAGAAAAUCCGGUGACUCAUGUAAAAUAUUUCCUAUGUUUUCAUCUCCGGUGGUGAACUCUAUAAAUGAUACAACUGGGCUCUCAAAAGAACAGGAACUGGGGUUAAAAGAGAAAGAAAGACUGCAUAAUAUGUGCGGAAUUGAUGAUGAAUUCAAGAGUGACUAUCUGAAUUCAUAUUUUGAAUCGCUGAAUGUGUCGGAGAAGGAAGGAGAAGACUGGAAUUUAAUGAUCUUAAAUUCGUUAGAAUUUCAUAAUUUCGAGGACUGCAAGGCCCUAAUGGAUAUGCUUGAUGAUCGUGAAUACGUAUUCAAGUACAAAGUCAUUUUACAAAAGAAAUUCGAAGACUUGGUUCGGUGGUUUCUGUAUGAUUAUAUGGGAAUCACUUCAAGGCCUAUUCCUCCUUUCACCACUGAUCAAAAGAAAAUAGAUCUACUAAGUCUAUACAUUCUGGUGGCAAAUGAUGGUGGGUAUCGAGAAGUUACGACUGAGAAUACAUGGCCAAUUAUAGCAAAGGAUUUAGGUCUCGGAUAUGCAGAUGGAGAUUACAUAAGAAUAGUGUAUGCUAUGUAUCUUGAUGUCUUAGAAUAUUACUAUAAAUUCAAGACAGUUCAAAACAAGGUGCACGUGAAGGAAAUGAUCAAUGAAGACGCUGGCUUGCUUAAAAACUGUGAUAGGAAGUCCGGAAGUGCAGACAUGGUUCAAGAAAGUGCUGCAGGAAUCAAUCAACAUGAUGAAGGCUCGUCACAAGAAAGCCACAGGAAGAUCAGAAGUGCAGGUGAUACUCGAGAAGGUGCUGAAAUGAACAGUCAAUCCAUGCAUUAUGCAUUGUUUGCUGAAGACGGAUGGGCAGACAACUGGAGUGCUCGCAAGAGGAGGAAAAGAUUUAAUUUUACUCACAUAAAGAAGGCAAUGGAAGAGGCAAACCGAAGUGUAAUGCAGAAGGGUUCCAACAUAACCAAAGUUUAAGGGGGUUGUGUUGGAAAUACAUAUGUUCCUAUGUUAGUUAAACUUUAGUUAUGUGAUAAUUACUCGAAUGAUAUGUAUAUGUAUAUGAUAUGCAAACCGAUAACUAGUAUAUUAGGGUAGUAUGAUAAGCGGUUUAAAGGAUAAGCGGGUGUGUAUAUUUAAACUGCAUUAUAAGGCAGUUACCCGCCAAAUUCUAACCGCCAAAAUAUGUAACAUAUAAGUAUGAACUGCCGGCAAAUGUUUUAAUCACCAAGACAUUUUCCCUCCAAACAGAAAGUGUCCAUUUUACAUUCAUUUCUUUCAAUCUAUUCAUAUUGCAUCCGUGUGUUCAUCAUGCCUGCAUAUCAUGUUAUGUUUUCCGCUGCAAGUAGUAAUACACAUGCAGACAAUGGUGAUGAAUCGGCUGUCCAACAAUAAUGUGGAAACAUGCUUUUAUCGGUUAUGGUUAUGGUUUUGGAAAUUCAAUAACCGAACAGAACCGCCAUUUGCACACCCCUAAUUCUUGUUGCUUCUUUACUUUAUGCUGAAUAAUGUUUAUUAUUGAAAUACUAUCCAGAAAGGUUUUGCUUGAUGAAGGUUCAAGAGAAAUUGUUGAACUAGAACAAGCUGUUACCUGGAGGUUCAUCAUCUCUAAUGUGUUAAAUGACUAACUUAGAAAAGGGUUUUGCUAACCAAAUUUCCUAGGGCUGCAAGAGAGCCGAGCUCAAGCCGGCACUAGAACAUUAGGCUAAGCUCAAAAUCGGCUUGAUGAUUCUUCAAGAUUUGACUCGAGAGGAGGAUUGGACACGGGCUUGAGCUUGGCUUGGCUUGGCUUGGCUUGAAAAGGUAGAAAAUAUGUAUAAAAGUAAUUUUAAUAGCCAAAUUCAUAUCAAAUAUGUAUGCAUGCCUCGAUUUUGGCUUGAACAAUUUUCAGUUUUAGAUUAUAUCAUUUUGUAGACAAUAGUUUGUGGAGA